CUCACCUCACGCCUCACGCCGCGCGCUGUCAACCGCGAGCACUCCUAACCUAUACCACCCACAAGUUUCUUCACUUUAUAGUGUUUCAGUUUUGACACCGACGAGUCUCAUAAAAGGCUCCACCAUGCGGCUGUCACCAGCCCUGGCCCUGCUGCCGCUGCUUCACGCCUGCGCCUGCAUGGACCAGCUCCACAUCCUCUACGAGUGGAAGCAGCUCGACUACCAGUUCCCCAGCGAGGGAGCGAGACAGCAGGCGCUGGCCAGCAAGGAGUUCGUUCCUCAGAAUAAUAUCCCGAUGGGGUUAGAGGUGUAUGAAGAUCGGCUGUUUGUGACGGUGCCGCGCUGGCGGAGCGGCGUGCCGGCCAGUCUCAAUUAUAUCAGUUUGACAGACAACUCGACGUCGUCUCCGAAGCUGAUCCCGUACCCCAGCUGGGCGGCGCACGCGGCGGGCGCGGGCCGGCCGGAGAUCGUGUCUCCCUUCCGCGUGCGUGCUGACCACUGCGCCCGCCUGUGGGUGCUCGACAGCGGCAAGGUGGCCUCCCUCGAGCCCAACGCCUCCACCACCUUCCCGCCCGCCAUCAUCGUCUACGACCUCAAGACUGACAACCUCCUCCGGAAGUACAUCAUCCCUGACGACCAAGUCAAGCAGGAUUCCGGCUUCGCCAACAUCGCUGUCGAAGAUUCUGACUGUGACAACACGUACGCUUACGCCGGAGACGUCGGCAAAGGCGGUAUCGUCGUCUACUCCUGGGAAAAGAACGAGUCCUGGCGGAUCACGCACCACUACUUCCACCCCGAUCCGCUCGCCUGCGACUACAGCGUCAAGGGCUACAACUUCAGCUGGACCGACGCCAUCUUCGGCAUCGGGAUCUCUGGCCCCAACGCCGAUAAUUUCAGCACUCUGUACUUCCACCCCAUGUCUAGUUACAACGAGUUCUCUGUCUCCACUGAAUACCUCAGGAACACGACUGUUGCUGAUGAAAACUUCAAUGCCUUCAAAGUGUUGGGAAGCCGAGGACCCAACGCACAGUCCAGCGUGUCCUUUGUCGACCAAAAAACAGGAGUUCUGUUUUACUCGUUGGUAAAUCUUAACGCUGUAGCGUGUUGGAGGACGUCCAACAAAGACUACACCAUGAAGAACCAGGGUCGCAUCUACAUGAAUGAGGAGACCAUGGUCUACCCGACUGAUAUCAAGGUGGACUACAACAACAGUCUGUGGAUCCUGUCCAACAGAAUGCCAAUCUGGAUGUACGGAACCCUGGACCCCAACGAAGUAAACUUCAGGGUCUUCUCAGCGCCAGUGCUUGAUGCUAUCAGUCAUACAGCAUGUGAUGUUACACCGAGAUCAGAUAUUCUUGACAAAUUCGUCAACAAAAUUAAGAAUGUUACUAACGAUAUUAAGUCUAGAAUCAAGGGCUCGUCCGCAACUUGUGUCCAUACAUCAUAUUACGUCCCCAUUAUUGUGUUAAGUUGGUUCAUCGCCCAAUUUAUUGCGAAAUAAUAAUUAAAGGAUGUUUGAAGAUAUAAAUUUGCUGUGAUAGUAAUCAUAAAGUUUGGGUAAGUUUAAUGUUGCAUUAAUGCUACGUCGCAAUUUCGAAAUUGAAUACAAUAUCCAGCUAGUCUAAAUAAUUUUAAUUAUUACGAAGUUCAAUUUCUGCUUCAAUAACUGCUUCAGUUUCUUAUAAAAAAUUGUAAUAAAGUAAUUUAUGUUAAAUUUAUUAUACACACAAUUCAAUUGUAUAACAUUAACAACUAACUGGCUCUUAAAAUGUCGAUCACCAUUACUAAUAACGCGUGGUGCCUCAGGGCUUUAUGCCAGGUCCUCAAUUAUUCUGAUCACAUUAAAUGUGGUCUAUGGUAGGUUGUGCCUGAUAUUCUUAACAUUCCGUUUAUUUUAGUUAAGUAGCUAUAAGGAAAUUUAUACAUAUGUGAGACUAUGUGAAUAUAAGAAUACUACAUUAUUAUCUUAUCCUAUUUAAUAUCACCUGAAUGCCAAUCAAUGGCUCAAUGGAGUGAAUGAAUUUAGCUUCUAGGCAUUUUACUAUUAACAAACUGUAUGUAUGUACUUAUUUAAAUUGUUUUGUAUAUUUUGUGAGUGUAUGUUACGGGUGUCUGCAAGCAAGUGAUGAUAAUUAGUUAGAUUUUAAGAAACACACACCUACUAUUGAAUGAUUCUAAGUAAUGAAAGAGUAGAAAUACUCCGGUAUUUCUAUCCCCAGUUGAUCGUGAGUGUGUUAAAUUAUUUUAAGUCAAAAGCUCCUAAACCUAUUUAAAAUGUGCCAUGAGUACAAAUUCCUAUGCAUUUGAAUUUUGUUUUGGCCACCAAAAUGUAAACCUUGUUGAUUGUACUAAAAUUUUCGAAACUUGUUUACAAUCUAAAUUAACGUAACACUUUACUUUAAACUUUUACGAAAACGAAACUUAACUGGGUCCCUAUCGCGAAGUCAAAACGAAGUAGUAGUAUUUAAUAGUGUCAAAUUCAAUACAGUUUGAAUCCGAAAAUCGUUGCCAAAUGAUGUUCGCGAUAGGGAGCCCGAUGCUACUGUUGCAUUCAUAAAAGCUUCACACAUUCCUAAAUACAAUAAAAUUAAUACUUACCUACUUAUAAUAUUCUGUAAAUAAUUGUUGCGUAAAAUAAAAGCUUU